AUGUCUAAGCUUUCGGUUGAAGAACAUAAGAGGCGUGGAAGGGGGACUUUUACGUAUAAGAAGGAUGUCAUGUACAGUGAUCGAGACUUUUGUAAGUCGAGGUUUGAUGAUGUAGGAGAUGACGAUGUGUGUCGGGGUUCAGAGAAGACCGAUGGAUCUCUGAAAUCUAAGUAUGACACACGCCGUGUUCUCCAAAGGCUUGCAAUAGUGUUCAAUGUUCGUUCAUUCACCAUACGUGUUCCCGAUGAUCACGAUUCUCUUUUGAGCUCAAUAUCUGAAAAAGAUUUGAAACCGCCUACUCAAAGACCAAAGACAUCGGCGCGAACAGCUCAACGGUUGAUUGCUCACAGCAUGGGAUUGAAGCUACCGGCUUCUGGAUUCGGGUCUAAAGAGCUACGAGACCAAGAAGCUGCCCGCAAAAACCGGAUUGUCUCCAGGCAGAAACAACGGGGCGAUGCUUGGGGAGCUGACUGA